AUGAUUGAUACAAUGAGUACUAUUUAUUCACCAGUUUCAUCAUAUAAUUUAUCUAUACGUAAUUCUAAUUCUCCAGAAUCUAUCAAUCAAUUACCUACAGAAAUAGAUUCACCAAACAACAGUAGUUAUUCUUCUACUUUUAACAAUUUUGUUUCUAAUACAAAUGAUCAAAAUAAUUUAUCAACAUAUAAAAAUGAAAAAAAAUCAAAGUUAGCAAGAAAUGUUGAUAGGUGGAAAGGAAGAAAUGAAGCUAACAAACAAAAAUAUAAAAACUCAUUAUUUUUUAAUGUUAGUGAAAGUAGAAAAAAUGUAGAAAAUGUUACAAAAUCAAUUAUUGAAGAAAUAAGAAAAAAAGAAGAAGAAGAAAAUGUUUCAAAUACUAUACAAGAAAAAAACAAUUCUUUUGUUAAUGAAAAUGUUAAUUUCAAUGGGAAACAUUAUGUUCAAAAUCAUUAUAAUAGACAAAUGCCAUAUAAAAAUAAUGAUAUUACAAUAAAUAUGAAUAAUUUAGCAAAUGACCAACAAAAUUAUCAAAAUUCUAAUGCUUAUAUUGAAUUUGAAAAAUAUGCAGAACAAAAUUAUAAAUCAAUGUUAAAUUUCAAUCAACAUGUUUAUCAAAAUCAUAUCAAUAAUAUACCAAUGCUAAACUUGCCACCAAUAUCAAUAAAUAACAACCCAAAUCAAACUCCAAAUUUUUCAAAGAAUCAAAGUUUUGAUAAUAAUCAACAAAAUUAUAAUUCAUCAAGUAACAUAUAUAGAAAGACAGAGACAAAGAUAUCAAAUAAAAAUAUGAUACAUGGACAAUUUGAAACUAAUCGACAUAAUAAUUACAAUAACAUAAACAAUACCCACCAAAUGGAAAAUUAUGAUAAUCCAUUUAUAACUUUUCAAGCAAAUCAAAACAUGUUUCAUUCACAAAAUUUUACUGGUUCAAAUUCUUUGCAAUCAAGAUUUCAAGCAUAUGUUAAUAAUCAACAAAUUGGAACAUCUAUAAAUUUUUUAAACAACCAAAACAAUUAUUGUGGAUAA